UGUGUUUGGGACAUGCAAUGACCUUAUAUUCACAAAGCAUGAACCGGUAGGAAACAUAAAAUCGGAGUUAUAACCCAUUUGUACCCUUUUGCGUUUCUUUUUUUGAAGAGUAUAUGAUGAAUCUGAAUUACCUGUGUUAGCCGUGACAAGAAGUCGAGCAGAACGUGUAGAUCUAAUAAAACGUCAUGUAGUGGCUCAUUUUGGUGCUGAGAGAACAUUAGAGUUAGCUAAAGAAAUUGAUCAGUCAAUAACCUUAAGAGAAGUUCAAAUACUCAUAGCUACAUGUAAACAAUGUCUAGAAGGUCCACAUGUUAUUCCUAAAUGUACUUUAAGUAUGACAAGAACUGCUAUUAAACCAUGGCAGAUUGUGCACACUGAUUUCGUGGAACCGAUUCCAAGGACAAUUGGGGGUUAUGAAUAUAUUUUUACAUUUAAAGACGAUUUAACAAGAUUUGUGUUCGCGAUUCCGGUUACUUCACAAACGACUAUCUGCAAAGAAAGUAUUAAUCACAUUUUCUCUAUUUUUGGUCCUCCUGAAUACCUGCAUAUGGAUAAUGGUUCAGUGUUCACAUCUUCUGAAUACAAGUUUUCUUAAGGAGUGGAAUGUUGAAAGCAGUUAUACACCUAUUUACAAACCACAAGCUAAUCCUGUGGAACGUGCUCAUAGAACUUUAAAAAAUGCAUUGCUAAAAACUGCUGAAACAGAAAAACAGUGGGAUGUUGUGCUUCCUAAAAUUGUAGAAGCCCAUAAUGCGGUGACAAAUAGAACAGGUAUUCCUCCAUAUCAUGCUAUGUUUGGAAGAUCGAGUCCAGUUUUUCACAUGAUUUCAGGUCAGGAUGGUAACUUUCAACAGUGUGUUGCUGUUAAAAUACUGACUGGUUCAAGUUUAAGAAACAACACUUAAGAACUGGUUUUACUGUAUCAAAAGUGUAUGGUGAUUUUCUGUGUGUAACUAAUAUGGAACGGCAUCAUCGUGAGUCUGUGAUUGUCAGCAAAGACUUGGUCAUCCCUGAUAUAACAUCUUAGGGGGAAGGAAUGUGGGACUAUCUACGACGAACACUCGUCAUUGUCCGUGAACAUGUUAUUGUCUGUGAACAUUCGUUGUACUUCGGUAUGAUUCGUAUUGUGUUAUGUGCGCGCGCAUGUCUCAUGGUUAUCAUGUUUCAUGUAUCAUGUGGAUCAGCUGGUCACUUGUUAAAUGUCUGUAAAGUAAAAUUGUGUUAAUAUUUUUCGUUGUUCGUGUUCUUCUGACACAGAGAUGGUGGCUCACAAUGUCAAUAGCAACUUUAUAUCGAAAGAUGUCCAGCGUUAUGAAAACAAGUCACGCACUAGUUUAUUUUUAGUGAUGCUCGUGUUUGGUGAUUUGGAAUUUUCCAAAGACUGGAAGAAGAGAUCUGUUCAAGAGUCAAGUAAACUACUGAGAUCGGUGAAAGAAGCUAAACAUUUCUUGACGAGGGAACAGAAACGUAAUCUCGUGGAUACACGAACUCCGAGACCGAGACCAACUUGGUACCCAAGAACGAGACCGACACGGGGAACAACUUGGCACCCAAAACCUAAAGACAGAGGCCCUCAGGGGCGGAACGUAGACCAGUGGUAAACCGCUCGAUUUGGGAUCGAUACCCGUCGUCAACUACUGAGCGUCUACUGAAUAUUCAUGAGCAAACAGUUGAUAUCGAGUAAUGUCCAAGUGUAUAUAUAAAACUAUUCCAAAUAUAGAUGUUAAAAAAAAAAAAAAAAAAAUGCUUUAUUUAACGACGCACUCAACACAUUUUAUUUACGAUUAUAUGGCGUCAGACAUAUG